ACCAUACGACACACAACACCAACACACUCCGCACAUCAGUUCGUUCGGUCUUCGCUGGUCCGCGUAGCUACGAGGUUUUAGUUCGGUUUUAGCUCUGAUUCCGAGAGGACGCCAGGCUCUGUUUCCGUUUCCGGCCCGUUACUCGACCGCGUCGCACGGAGCCUAUACCGCUCCUCCAUACUCCCAUACUCAUACACUGCCGCACACACAACCACACUCGCCCGCACGCGAUAACAACGCCAAAUUAUCGAGUCUGCGCCAAAAAAAAAGAAAAGAAAACACAUCCAGCAAACAGCGGAUGGCAAGUGCGAAUCCCAGCAGUGAAUCCUAGCCAAGUGGAGGUCCAAGACCACAUGGAUUAGCCCUAUUUGACCCAAGGAAUAUCCGCCAGCAUGGUGUAACCGGGAAGCGGCUGUCUCGGGCGCCGAAAGUCAUUGAAAUCCCAAGUCUCGAAUCCGCAUCAGACUAGUGCCGAAAGUGGUGACCCAAACACAAAUGUGUGGCUUUAACAGCUGGCGCGGCAGCCAUCGGUAACUGCUGCGUAGUGUUGUUUUAACCCCAAGAAACAGUUGGUUUACCCAAAAGAAAGAAAUAUAUAUCAACAGCAACAAAAUGACCGUGCAACAUCAGCAACACAUCAAGUGGCAGCAGCAUGCAACAAAGCGACGACGCUGCCGUCAGCAUUGGAUUAAACAUCUUCAGCUUUUGGGUCUCGUUGUCAUCGUUUUGGUGCUGGUGGCCAGUCCCUCGCCCUGCCACGCCCAGCAGCAGAAGUUCCGGACCACGCCGCACGACCUGCAGGUCCUCGAAGGAGCCGAGGCCAUGAUGCGCUGCGAGGUGGCCAACGUGGCCGGAGCGGUCCAGUGGACCAAGGAUGGCUUUGCCCUGGGCUUCUCGGCGGUGAUACCCGGCUAUCCCCGCUACUCGGUGCUGGGAGAUCGGAAGCAGGGCGUCUACAAUCUGCGCAUCUCGAAUGCCUCGAUCACGGACGAUGCCGACUACCAGUGCCAGGUGGGACCUGCGCGGCUCAACAGCGCCAUCCGAGCCACCGCCAAGCUGACCGUCAUAUCUCCGCCAGCCUCGAUCGAGAUCAAAGGUUACAGCCACAAUUCCAAGGUGGAAGUGCGCGAGAACCAGGACCUGCAGCUCAAGUGCAUUGUGGCCAAUGCCAAGCCGGCGGCCCAAAUUGUCUGGUAUCGCGGCAACGUGGAGUACAAGCCAGAGAAACGCGAGGAUCAAGUGGAGGAAUCAACGGCCAAGCGGUUUACCACCACCUCGAGUCUUAAGCUGAAGCCUGGACCCGACGACGACUACACGGAGUACACGUGCCAGGCCAAGCACAAGGCACUGUCGCCGGACAUGCCCAUGCGGGCCACCGUUCAACUGUCCGUGUUGUAUCCGCCGGGACCGCCCUACAUCGAGGGAUACUCGCCGGGCGAAACCCUGCGCCGCGGCCAGACCGUGGAGCUAAUGUGCCGGAGUCGCGGCGGCAAUCCGCCUGCCCAGCUCAUCUGGUACAAGAACGGAUCCCAGAUACGCAUGGCCUACAGGACCUCUGGCCGCCUGUCCGAGAACAUCUAUACCUUCACCGCCGAGGCGGGCGACAACAAGGCCCGUUUCCGCUGCGAGGCGAGCAACGUCAUGUCGCAGAAUCCGCUGAAGGCGGAAGUGGAGCUGUCCGUGCUGUUUGCACCCACCCACGUCACCGUGAUGGGACCCACCGAGGCGCGCGUCGGCGAUGUGGUGCCGCUGACAUGCUCCACCGCGCCAUCGAAUCCGCCCGCCGAGAUCAAGUGGAUGGUGGGCGGGCGUCAGGUGCGCAAUGCCACCUCAAAGACGAUUGUCAGUCCCGAGGGCGGUUGGACGACCAGCUCGAACAUCACCGCCACUGUGGAGCCCAACAAGCGUUCCCUGGUCGUCAUCUGUCACGGACUCAACAUGCAGCUGACCGAGAACGUAGUCUCUACCCACACCAUCAACGUGCUGUAUCCGCCCGCGCCGCCAUUAAUUUCUGGCUAUAUAGAAGGACAAAUUAUCCCAGCUGGCUCUGUGCAAAAACUGCUUUGCGUUUCAUCUGGCGGCAAUCCGUUGGCGACGCUGACAUGGUACAAAAACGACAAAAGGAUCAACUCGGUCAUUCGAGCCGCGGACAAAUCGGUGUCGGCCGAAAUCACCGUUCUGGCCAACGUGUCCGACAACCAGGCCCAGUACCGCUGUGAGGCCUCCAACAGCGCCACCGAGAUCCCGCUCUUCCAGUCCACCAUGCUCAGUGUGCACUUUGCCCCGGAGACGGUCAAAAUACGCAUUGAACCGGAAGAACUGCGACCUGGCAUGGAGGCAACCAUCAUCUGCGACUCCAGCUCCAGCAAUCCGCCGGCGAAGCUGUCCUGGUGGAAGGACGGCAUCCCCAUCGAAGGCAUUAAUAACACGUCCAAGCCGGGUCUCUGGGGCGGCACGGUCUCCACGCUGGAGUUCAGGGUAAACAUCACACAGGAAAUGAACGGCCAGGUCUACACCUGCCAGAGUGCCAACGAGGCUCUCCAGCGGAGCGUUCACGAGGCGGUCAGCCUGGAUGUGCUGUAUCGUCCCAAGUUCGUGCCGCCGCCCUCUUCGACGGCAGUGGGCGUGGAGGGCGAAUCGUUGGCAGUGUCGCUCCAAACCCGGGCCAAUCCCACCAACGUUGAGUACAAAUGGACCAAGGACGGCACGCCCAUUCCACAGGACGGCGAGCAUCGCAUUUUCGCAGAUGGCGGCAGCCUGAACUUCACCCGGCUGCAUCGGGACGAUGCCGGAAUCUACUCCUGCGCCGCCAGCAACUCGCAGGGCAAGGCCACCCUCAACAUCACCGUGGUGGUGGAGUACGGAACCACCAUCAAGUCCGUGUCCGAGAACAUCAUUGUCAAUCCCGGCGAGGAUGCGAUGCUGUCCUGCAGCGUCGAGGGCAAGCCGCUGACCGAGGAGCACGUAAAGUGGGAGCGCGUGGGCUACGACAUGACCGUGAAGACAUCGACGACCUUUGCCAAUGGUACCUCCUACCUGCACAUCAAGGAUGCGCGGCGCGAGGAUGUGGGCAACUUCCGGUGCGUGGCCGACAAUCGUGUGGCCAAUCCGACUAACCGCGAUAUCCUGCUGAUAGUCAAGUUUGCUCCCGAGAUUGCCAAGGCACCGACGCUCCUGCGUGCUGCCAGCGGCACAGGGGAACGGGGACGACUUCCUUGUCGCGCUCAGGGAUCACCCAAGCCGCAGUUCAUCUGGCGGCAGGACAAAAAGGAUCUCCCCAUAAAUCGGACGUACAAGUAUGAGGUGGAGGAGCGCAAGAUUGACACCCUGACUUACGAGUCCUCGCUCAUCGUGGACAAGGUGGCUCCGGCAGACUAUGGCGCCUACGAGUGCAUUGCCCGCAACGAGCUGGGCGAAGCAGUGGAGACGGUGCGCUUGGAGAUCACCUCGCAGCCAGACCCGCCGCUCACCCUCAACAUCCUGAACGUCACCCACGACACGGUCACCGUGGCCUGGACACCGGGCUUCGAUGGUGGCCUCAAGGCCUCGUAUCGAGUGCGAUAUAGGAUGGUCGACCGCGAGCAGUACAAAUACAUCGACGGACUGCCCAAUAGUCACAAGCUAACCAUCGGCGGACUGCGCAUGAACACGCUCUAUCUGUUCUCGGUGAUGUCCUGGAACGAGCUGGGGUCUAGCUCCUACCUGCCGGACUUGGCGCGGGCCGAGACCAAAGAGGCGCCGCCCCCAUCGCACCCGGCCUCGUCACUGGGCGGCGGACCGCCGACCACCAGCCAGACGCCGCUGGGCGGCACAUCGGGCAUGCUUUUGGUGGGCGUGGGCGCCGGCAUCGUCGUCGUCCUGCUCAACGUGUUUGUCAUCGGCUGCUGUCUGCACAAACGGAACGAGAAACGCCUCAAGCGAGGACUUGAACUGAUGCCAGCGGAGUUAACCGAGAACUCUAGCAACACACCGAAUCUGGUCAUAAUUGGCAUUUCCCUGGCGGCGUUCGGCUUCCUCCUGGUCAACGCUGCCCUCGUUGCCUGGUUCUUUGUGCAUCAGCGCCGCAAGAAAGUGGCGGAAACUACAAAUCAACCGGCAAAAACGGCAACCAUCGAGAUGUACGCGCCCAGCUCGUAUAAUGACACCGUCACCGGCGAGACGCUGUCCAGCGUUUCGGAGAAGAGCGAGUCCUACUCCAAUGAGGGCAGCAGCCAGCCCGAAUAUAUUGACGAGGCCCGCAAGAAGGCGGCAUCCACGUAUUUGGUGGAGGGCUCGGAUAUGCCGCCGCCCAGAUACCAAAAGGAUGGCACCCUGCCAGUCAUAUAUCCGAAUAAUAUUGUAAACGCCUGCACGCUGCCACACCCCCGGCACAACAAUGGAGGCGCCGCCAUCCAUAUGACCCGGGACGAUCAGAUGCUAAUCAGCAAGGGCGUCUAUAUUCCGUCCCCGUCGCCGGCGCCGCCGCCAGAUGGCUCCUACUACAACAUGAACAGCGACAGAUACUUGUCCUAUCCGCCCAUGGAAUACCCGGCAACCCUGGACUUCAGCGCCCAGCCCCUCACCAUGGCGCACCUACAACCCAUGUCGGUGACCUCUCAGGCCGCCCUCUUGGCCAGCAAUGGCGGCGCCACGCUUAUUGGCAACGGAUCAGUGGCCGCAGUGGCCGGCGGCUCGGGCACCUUGCGGCGGGGCAUCCUGCGAGGAAUGGUGGGCGUACCGCCUCCGGACGUAACCCACCACACGUCGGCUGUGGGCGGAAGUCCGAUGCAGAUGCUCCACGACCUGCACCAUCCGGUGAACCUGAGCGCCUCCACGCUUACCACCAGCACCACGCUGAACGGUAGUCUUCCGACGGCCACAACCACGGCCACGCUGCCCCGCCAGCCGCACGGCAUCCUCAAGGAUCCCAACAGGAACAAGCAGCAGCAGCAACAGCAACAGCAGCAGCUUCUCAAUGCCAGCCUGGUUGGUGUGGGCGUGGGUGUCCCUGUAUCGGCGCCCAUGGGCAGCUUACAGAUCCUGAACCUGCCACCCGCGGGCGCCGGACUGGGCAACAACCUUCUGAUGACCACCAGCGGCGCUUUCGAUCCGACGGCGGCGGGCAUGAGCAGCUUCAGCCAGGCCGGAGGCAUCCCGGUGGCCUACACGGACGCGGACGGUCACCUCGUAUAGCUGUAGGCGGGAACUGGGGCCACCAGCACCAGCUGCAGCAGCACCACGGUGCAGAUCCUCACCGGCAGUGAGCCCCGGUUCUGAGCAGCCUAACCUAAUCCACGACUCGUAUCUGUAUCUGUAACCAACCUACUCGCAAGGAUGUAGCUAGUUUAGGAGCUUUCUCUUCGGCAUCUGGGUUCUGUCUCUGAUGACCCGAUGUCCCCCGGUCCCUGGUCACAGUUCCUGGUCCCCGCUCCUGUCCGGCAGCCACUCUCGGCCAUUACCUUAUUCAAAUCAGCCAGCGAAUUAGUUUAUGUAAAUUUCCACCAAAUUCUCGCCUUCCCUCCGCCGACUGUUGGGUGUUUAUUUAGAUAAGGCGGCGCCUUUGGGGGAGUGAGCAUAAUUUCGCAGAGAGUUUUACUAAUUAGCCGAAAGCAGGAGGAGCAGCCAGAAGAAAAAAACGAAAAGCAGGCAAGAAGCGGGCGAAAUAAUUUGAAAAUUUUCUUGGGUCGGGUGGAAAACGCGACGCGGUCCAGAGCCGCCGCUUGACAGCUCCCAGGGGCGUGCUCGGCUCAAGUCGACUGGGCACGUGAUUGCCCUGGACGGUGCCCGGAGCGUCCACGCUCGUCGAAAGUUGAAGGUUGACAGCCGCUAGCUGCUCGGUGACCCCCGACCGCGACCCCUAGAUACAGCUGCAGAUUCCUCGUCCAGAUUCGGCACUUCCCCUUUAAUGGGACGGGAAAGCAUUGAAUAUUUGGGGUAGGGAGACACCUCACACUUGAAUAGAUAGAUAGUACAGUGGAGCUUCCUUGGUUUAGACUUUUAAUAAUUUGCAAUGAAAGAUUUAAUAAAUAAAAGAUAAUAUUUUAAAAGUUAAUUAUUCAAGUAAAUAUUACGGGCAAGCCACAUUUACUUUGACAUUUAGUUAUCAGGCUAUAAAAAACCUGCUUUCAAUUAAUACUUUAAUAAUUUUAAUAUUUUCUCUAUAUAAAAUGACUUCUUAAUAUAAUAAGUUCAUCCUAAUGAUUUUAAAAUACCAAGAACGCAGUUCAACUUAAAGAAGUUCCACUGAAUUCAAACAGGAUUAUAGAAGCUUUGCCCGGGAGUUGAGAUAGCAAAUUUAAAGACACUGUUCAAAAUCAGCUGUAGCUUUUUUUUUUUUGCAGGGAAAACUUUCUUAGUGGUAUGGCGAAAUUUACGCAUCUGGAAAUCAAUGUUUGCUCAAGAUUACGACUUGGAAUUUAAGUUCAGCAGCAGCCGCAGAUAUGAAGGGGCUACGGCCACGCCCUCGCUGCCAUUAUAUGCAGAAGUUGGCUUUAUCUCUUAGGAACACAUCUCUGGCUCCGACUCUGGCUCUGUCUCCUUCUCCAUCGCCUUCUGCCAUCCAUCGGGCAGCACUCGAGUGGCAUUGCCGCACAUAAACAGUUUUCAUUUGCCACUCGUCGCAGCUCAGCGAGCGUGACAUGCCAAUCCUGGCCUGCGAUGCCAUUAGCUUUGCCAGUCCGCAUCCCGAACCAAGACUGAGACAAUUCUGGCAUCUCUAGGACCAGUUUGGUUCGGUUCGGUUCGGUUCAGUUCGGGGAAGCGUUAACUACACGCCCUCGCAUCCACAUCCUCAUCCGCAACCGCAUCCGUAUCUUUGACGUUGUAGCCAAGUUCUUGAGAUCUCCGAGCGUCGUGCAUAAUUACAGAGCGGCAACUCGGGGCAGAAUGUGUGGAUUUUAAUAUUCAUUUGGAUGUAAUUGCUGGAUCUGGGUUGGAGUCGCAGGAUUCGCAGAUCCUGGGACUGCAACAACACUGCAGCUGCUAUUCCGGUUGCCCUUCACCCUGGCCCUGGAUUAUCGCAAAUGAAUAAAUGCCCUGAUUUUGGAAAUAGAUGCGGAGGCAGCCAAGCCGCUUCAGUGUGUAAUUAAAAGUGAAAUUAUCUUUGAAAUUAACGCACGCGUAGACACAGACAAAGACAAAGGAAGCAGCAGGGCAGGGCAAUGGGGGAAAUGAAGAAAAAUGCGCGGAAAACUGAGAAUGAAAUUAAGAAUGAAGACGAGGCGGCUGGGAGCACACACAUCCUCUGUGGGAUUUCCGCUAUUGAAUAAUUGCGAUUGCAAUGGCCAGAUAAAAGUUAAAUGAGCGAGAAAAUAGGGAAUGCUACGGUAUGGGGGCCAGGGUGGGGCAACCUGUUGUGGCUGUCAUUAAUAUUCGCCGCCAUUAUCUCGGCCAUAUUUCAUGGGACUCGCACUCCACGCGGGACGCUGGUCAAGGGUCAAGGGACACGGGACAUGGGACAGAGGCCACCUCUCUAUACCAGAUAUGUGAAUGUAUAGCUUGUACUCCACCUCUACGAGUAGUGCUGCCAAAUUGCAUUAAUAAUUAGCAUUUAACUGGAUCCGUAACCUUAAGUAGCUAAGCAUUUCGAACAACUACUCAAAACAGCAAACCAAAACCAAAACCUUUCCAAUUGUACAAUACCAACGCAGAGCAGCGAGGAAAGCAACGAGUAAAGAUUAACGAGUAAAGAUUAACGAAUAAUAACUAACGAUAACUAGCGAUAACGAAAAAAGGACAAAUGCAGGUAUAUCGAUACACACACACACAGAUAGCGAGAGAAACAGACAGAGUCAUUGCAAUUCAUAGGUGUAAACGUAGCAUACUAUUUCGCAUCUCGUAACUCGUAUCUCUUAGAUCCUGACCCUCCCCCACUAAAGUUUGGAGCUCGGCAGGGAACUCCCCACUCGUAUACAUAUAGAAAUAACCAACCAACUCGCUGUUUUCUUAGGGAUAACUACAUAUUUGAUUGCACUCGAACUUAAUACUCAACGAACGAAAUGUAUCUCUAAACAUCUGCAUCCGCAUCCUCUCACAAAUCUUGUAUGUCUUCCCCAGCUUGUCGCACGGAGAGUAUCUGUAUGUGGCAAUUGUUGUUUGUCCCUGAUUUCUGAAUCUGAUCCGAAAUACGUACUUAAUGUUACACACACUGCUUAGUUUACACACACGAAAUGUCGGGGGAAAGUAAAUAAGACUUAUUGUAGAUAAUUAUGUUUAAAACAAUUAACCCAUACACGAAAUCAAGUUGUUCAAUUUGUAUUUUUGCCAAAGAGAUAUUUGUUAAACAAAAAAGAACUUGACUCUAUAGAUACAUAUGUGUGUGCGUGUGUGCUUGUUUCACUAUUGCUGUGUUUAAUUGUUGUGUGAUUUAAUUGCAAGCCCCAUGGGGAACUGUGUUUGAUUUCGGAAAUCCCCUCCCGUUCGAUAUUAACGUAGAGUAAUUGCAGCGGCGACGACGACACACAAGACUUGAAUACUGAAACCUAGGCUAAUGUUAAAUGUUAAUUCGAAUUAUUAAACCUAAGGCAGCUGCAGCUAAGUAAACCAAUCUAAACGGACGAGUGUGCGAGUGUGUGUAUAAAGCGAAUUAUGAAUGUUUUCCUGUGACACUUAUUUAGUUAUGUAUUCUAUGUAGUCCGUACGCGUAUAUAUAUCUAUAACUAUAACUGAGGCAUUGUACAGUAGUCAAGAGGAAAAAACAACAAUAAUUAACAUGGCGUAAGUUCUUUCGAAGAUAAAACCAAAAAGUAUAUAGCAUAGUUCAUAAACUCAAAGCAUAAGCCGCCACUCAGAAAAAUGUAUAAAACAAGGAACACUCUUUGACAAAAAAAUAAUACAAA